AUGGUCAACAGGCGGAUUAAGAGGAAUUUUGAAGAACAGUUGUCGGCCGUCUCGUCUUUAACGACUCAUAUCCCACAGAACAGAACAAAUGACGAGACAAAGUCAAAGUGCACAUGGCACCGCAAUAGAGUGUGGCACAAGGACGACCCACAAACACGAGUUGAGGGAGACCCCAAAGUAAACAACCUUCAUGAACGGCCAACAAAGGUCAAGAUCGAUUCAAAGCCAAACAAAAAGCGCACAUGGCACUGCAAUAGAGUGUGGCGCAAGGACGACCCACAAACACAGGUCGGAGGAGAUCCCAAGGACAUUCUUGACCGGCCAACUAAGGUCAACGUCAAUGAUCAACUACAAAAUGAUGAGAAAUUAGUAAAGGAGCCACACAGAAAGUCUGGGCCUCGAAGGUGGCGCUAUAACAGAAUAUGGCGGAGAGACUUUGUCUGGAAGAAAGAGGUGAAUAACAUACAAUUUGUUGUCUUUUAAACACAGCAAGCUGGAGUCUGCACAUUGCAAUCUUUUUCGUUAAACUUUUCAGCAUUCCAUUAAACCGGCUUGCAUUUCUACGAGCUUUGAGCAUCCUGCACCCUCCGCAGACGUUGUAGUCCCCCACA